AUGGGCUUAGGCUGGAGCAGCGCGGAGGAGCGGCAGCCGCUCCUGCGGCCCCCGCCGCCCCCACCGGCAACGCAGCGGCGGCCGCAGCCUCGGGGGCCGGCGGGGGGCCCGGCCGUGCCGGUUCCCGUUCGGCGGUUGGCGCCGGCCGCGGGCCGCGUGUACGGGCGGCGGUGGUUGGUGCUACUGCUCUUCUCGCUGCUGGGCUUCUCGCAGGGCCUGGUGUGGAACAGCUGGGGCCCCAUCCAGAACUCGGCUCGCCUGGCCUUCGGUUUCAGCGGCUGGGACAUCGCCCUGCUCGUCUUCUGGGGGCCCAUCGGCUUCGUGCCCUGCUUCUUCUUCAUGUGGCUGAUGGACAAGAAGGGUCUUAGAGUGACUGUAUUACUAACAUCAUCACUCAUGGUUUUGGGAGCUGGCCUAAGAUGUGUUCCAGUUUCAGACGUGGAACUAAGGAAGAAGCUGAUUCAUGGAGGGCAGCUGUUAAAUGGCUUGGCGGGGCCAACUGUGAUGAACGCAGCCCCGUUUCUUUCCACAACGUGGUUCUCUCCAGACGAACGUGCGACAGCAACGGCGAUUGCCUCCCUGCUCAAUUACCUGGGCUGUGCUGGCGCCUUUUUAGUGGGACCUCUUGUGGUGCCAUCUCCUAAUGGAACCUCGCACCUCCCGCUGUUGUCACAGAGCAGCACCGAGCACAUCAAGGACCGCAUUGAGGCUGUGCUCUAUGCAGAAUUUGGGAUGGUUUCCUUGAUAUUUUCCGCAGCGUUGGCCUACUUCCCCUCACGCCCUCCAUUCCCUCCCAGUGUGGCUGCAGCUAGUCAGCGGCUUAGCUACAGGAGGAGCUUCUGCAGACUCUUAAGCAAUUUCCGAUUCUUGAUGAUUGCUUUAGCCUAUGCUAUACCACUGGGUGUUUUCUCUGGCUGGUCUGGCGUUCUGGAUUUGAUAUUAACACCAGUUCAUGUGAGCCAAGUAGAUGCAGGCUGGAUUGGAUUUUGGUCUAUAGUUGGAGGCUGUGUUGUUGGCAUAGCAAUGGCAAGAUUUGCAGAUUUUAUUAGGGGCAUGCUGAAAUUUAUUCUGCUGCUGCUUUUAUCUGGAGCAACGUUAGCAUCAACCUGGUUCACUCUCACCUGUCUAACUAGUGUCACCCAUCUGCCUUUAACCACAGCCACACUGUAUACAUCCUGUAUUUUGUUGGGCAUAUUUCUCAACAGCAGCAUACCAAUAUUCUUUGAGCUCUUUGUGGAAACAGUCUACCCUGUUCCAGAAGGAAUUACCUGUGGAGUUGUCACCUUUUUGAGUAAUGUGUUUAUGGGAGUGCUUUUGUUUUUCCUCACGUUUUACCACACAGAAUUCUCCUGGUUCAACUGGUGCCUCCCAGGAUCAUGUCUGCUCAGCCUGCUCCUCAUCCUGUGCUUCCGGGAAUCCUACGACAGACUCUAUCUCGACGUCGUUGUCUCUGUUUGAUAACACAGGACUGCUGACAGGUUGGGAGAGACUGAGUUGAUUUUUACAGUCUGCACAUCUGCCUGGAUUUGCACAGCUAGCCAGAGGGGGGAAAAAAAAAAUACAAGAUAUAAUUGUGGCUUUAUUAGUGAAGGUGAGGACAGGAUGUUUCUUACAUUCAAGCCCACUCAAUUUGCAUUCAUUACAGGCAGAUGAACGUGCAACUUGAGUGGUCAUAAAGAUGCCUGAAAUGCACAAGAAGAAUAUAUCUGAUGUACAGUUUCCAGUGUCUGACCUGGGUUUCUCUAUUUGAAGGCUGUUUUGUUCAUGUAGCAGUGAGGUGUAUGUUAGUGUGAGUGUGUGUGAGAGAGCCAACUCAAGGUAGUAUGCACUGGGGUACUGGUAACUUUUGAGUCUUCUAUCAGAAUAAGAACAAUGAAUAAUCUCAAAAAAAAAAAAAAAAAAAAAAAAGGGAAAGGAGGACAAAAAAGGAGGAAAAAUAUUUUUUUUUUUUUUUUUUUUUUUUAAAGAUCUGUCUUCUAAAUUGCCAGUCAUUUAUAUACUGUGUCCAUUAAACAGUUAAGCUAAAAUAAUUUGGUGCUGUACACUACAUUUACAUUCUAAUAAAGUGAUUUCUGAUAUAAGACACUGGUACCAGGGCUUUUAGCCAUACUAAAUAGCAAAACAAUCCUUGCAACAUUGCUAGGUGUGUGUUUGUCACUCUGGUGCAUGUAUAAUCCGAAUGAUAGCUGUAGCUGCCACUGAACGUGAAUUGCACAACACUUGCCUCUGAAAUACCACCAUGGUUCUGUAUGGGCACACAGCAUCUGUGGUACCUCAGAAGUUUACUGUAGAGUCAUUUUUUGGUAAAUUUUGCAGUUUUAAAGGCCGCCACUGUUUCACCUCUUCAUGCUCCAUCUCUAGUACUGCCUUUUGUUCUUUUCUACUGUGAAGACCUGUUCACACCGCUAAGUCCUGUUGGUGUGGAUGUGGAUUUUAGUCCUGGUUGUUCUCUUCUGAUACUCUUAAGAUAUGCAUGUUUUUUUAGGAUUAGUUUACAAUCGAGGGUGCCUAAGCAAUACUGUUUGUUAAUCCAAGUCUUUAAAAUCACAGUUUCCUAAAAUAUAUUUAUAGUUUGCUGGGGCUCCCCGAUAGCGAAAUGACAAUGAGGAAAGUCUCAUGAGUUCUGGCAUAACACGGAAACAUAAUGCCAGCUCUUUUUAUCAGAACUAAUUUGUGGUCAUUGUGGCCCUUACUUGAACGUAAAUAUUGAAGACACUUGGAAUAGUUUUUUAACUCAAUUUUAAACUUGCUAAUAAUUUCUUAAUUCUAUUCUUAUAUUUCAGUUCAUCAUCAUUUACAAUAUUCCCUGUAUGUGUGUGCUGUGCUUUGUGUUAGGUGUGCGAGUGUGUCUGCAUGUUUAUAUCUAUGUAUACACAAAUAUAACUUAUAUAUAUCUUAUACAUAUCUUUAUAAAUAUAUAUAUGAGUUGUAUAAGAGUAUGUGUUUACAUAGGUUUAUUUUAAAUAUUCCUGUCUCUGGAUGGUAGGAAUGCCACUAUUUGUAGCUAAACCAGUCACUGCCGUGAAUGAAAAUACACACGUGGGCUGUCUGUGACAUGAAUUUUCUUUUCAUGGGGUGAAUGACUUCCUACUGUAGCUGUUUUAUAAUACGGAGCGCAUGCACGUGUUGGAGGAGGUUGGUGUGCAGAGUUCUGUGUCAAUAGAAGUUUGAAUCAAACGCCCUUUGCUCCUACGUGGGGCUCUUCUCUGUCUUUCUUGAGUGAUACAGACACUGUAAACUCACUCAAAUAAAACCUGAUCUGAGCACUGCCUUUCAGACAUGUAUCCAUUCAUUCUCUUCUCAUUUAGCAGAGAGGAUACGCCAUUAAUACCUUCAACUCAGGAGUGUAUUUGUGCAGCAAAAUAAAGCAUGCUGUCUUAUGGCAGCUGCUCUUAUGUUUUCUGAGCAAUGGAUGCAUUUACUGUAGUAAGUAACAGAAAAUUGACUUAGUUCAUUGCCUGUACCGACUACUAAAUGAUCUUUUUUUCCCCUUGCAAGUGGCUCUUUGCAGACAAUGGAGCUGACCUAUGUAGAGAUAACUUAAUCAAUCUAACCAUCAUAUUCAGAACCACCGGCAUCUCCUUUUGUUGUUUUUCAGAUGGAUGGUAUUAACCACCCUGCUUCUUUUUACUACUUUUCAGUGCCUGGAAUGGUUUCAGUAUCCAGUAGCUGCUGCUACCUAUUGUCUUCUGAAAACUAGGAUUGCUUGCCAAGAAUUUGAUUGGAGUUGCAUUGUCAUGGCAGAAUUGCACCCGUGGAUGGCUCUUCAGAGCUCUACUUCUGCAAUUUACUGUAGCUAUAUUAAGAUGAAAAUUGUACCAUUCAGGCACUGUCCCAAGUGACAGAGGUUUCUAAUCUUUUUGCUGUCCAGACUAUUUUGAGGUGGAGGAGCACCUGAGGCAGCGUUCAGACUAUAACCUCUUCCUCUUCUGUUCCAGAAAGCAGUGAACAAUUCAAAAUAUUUGUCAGUGCUGCCAGAUCCAGACUCUUACUGUCAGGGAGACUGAAGGUCUUGUUUUAAACCUUGUUGAGUGUUCUCCUGAUUUGCUGCCAAUUACUCACUCUUCUGAACUUUUGUAGAGUUUGUGCAUCUAUCUUGGGCACUGUAAUGUGUGGUCUUAAUUACAGCCCUCAGUACCUCUGCACAGAAAACCGAACUGCUGCCCAGAGCUGAGCAGUGCAAAAAGACUCUGUUGGAGACCUGCUGUGCCUGCAGGCCUCAACCUAAAUUCCCAGAACAUCUAAUGGAAAUCGGAUUGAAAUCUGAUGGAAAUGGAGUGAACGCCAAAGGAUGGCACCCGCAUGACUUCAAGUUGAUGAGUACCCUGUAUUCCAGACAUGCAGUCUUCAGGUGCUGUGCUCUUAUUAGACUAGAAGUCUGGCUUGGAACAGGAGGUGGGGACUGUGAAUGUGCUUGCUGAGGGGUCUGAUGGUCACCAACAACGGUAAGUCAGGACCAGCAUCCUAUGGCGGAGCAGUCCAUUUUGUGUUAGUAACCCAACUGAAGCUUUGGGAUUAUUUCUUGGAUAUUUCUUAUUUUUUCUAUUUGCUUCUCUUAAUGGCCCAGAAGAGCAAUUUUACCCAGCAGUGCAGAGCCCCCUAAAAUACGCAUAACUGUGGACAUUUUAUUUUGAAAAUGCUGGGAAGGAGCACAGCGGUCAUUCUCUUCUCUUUAACAGAUCUUCAUUUCAAGUAGUUAUACUCUGGUCUGCUUCUUGUGUUUCUGUUUGCCUUACUAAUAACUCUUAAUUCGGUUCUGCUGGCUUUUUUAUAGCUAGCUUUCAUACUGCUAAUGGGUUUAGUAGGAGCUGGCUCUGCUUAUGCUGCUGUUUACUGUCUCUUUGUUGUUUUUACCCAUGAAUUUCCUUUUGAAUCCAUCACUUAGCCGAGUUCCCUCCUGCUCCCCUGUGGCAGUGGCAGUGCAGGGACUGUGGUGAAGAGCUCCCAAUUCCUGCACUUGAGAAAUCAAACAGAUAGGGCUUACGUGUGGUAUGGACUUAGGUUCACAGCAUCUGCUGGGUUAUUCCAAACCAUCCGUGGAAGAGGGACGUCUUCACCUUCACAUGGGUUGGAAAAUCCCAUGCUGUGUCUGUAGCUCUGAGGGGACAGGCGGAUGUGGGGGGGAGGGGUUUCUGUAGUGCCUUUCAGCAUUGCAGUACCUUGUGAGUUGAUCAAAUCCCCAUAGAAUGUGAAGUUUUGUGCUGAGAGAGCUAUUAAUCUCUGGCUUAUCCUAUAGUAAUGCAUUGCCUAGACACUAAAAUAAAUAAACUGGAUUGGUAUUCAUAUAUUGGCUGUUACUGGGAAGGGAAGUGCUGUUCUGUGUGAGGAUUGACUGGAAUAUGAGCAGGGAUUAUGUGGUGAGCACAAUGGAUUUAGCUGUCCUGCACUGCUUUGACAGCAGAUUUUUAAUUGUUAAUCCUUAUUUCUUACUUUAGAUCACGUUCAAAUGUCAAUUAACAUCUGAAGGGAAAAAAAAAAACAAAACAAAAGCACUCAGGGGUUAUUUUAUUAGAUUUUCUUUGUUGUUGUAAUAAUGGAUUCUGGUAAUAAUUUGGCAAGAUUUGGUUACACCUGUAUGGGUCUUGUAUCAAGUAUAUGGAUUUGGUGGUAGUGUUGCUGUUCCGAGUGUUCCUAAAGCACCAGGCUAUGGCACAUGCUUCUGACUGGAUGCAUGUGGGGCUGCGGUUGUUCCUGCUGUGAAGUUGGUGUCGGAGGCAGCUGAGAGUCUGCUCACUUCACCAGGGAUCAUCACUUCAGGGCACAGAGCCGGGUUCCGUGAGAGGCAGCAGACGCAGUGAAAAUCAGAUGUUGUCAAUCUGCUUGUAAUUUUUACAGUUUGUCUUUGAAUGCAGAUGAAACUAAUAAAUAGAGGAGGAAAUGUAGUUUGGCCCAAAGUUUUGACAAGCAGCAAAAAGCAAAUAUUUGCAUAGAUGCGCUGGCUGCGGCCUUCCAUUUGGGAUCCUGGUAUGUUAGGAGCAUCUCGUGCUCAACCGAGUGGUUUGUUGGGCUUGGUCAGGGAGGUCAGUGGGAGAAAGGGAUGUGCUGGAUGGGCUGCCCUGAGCCCUGUGGCCUUCCGUCCUGAGCUGCACUCCUGCUGCGACCCACUUCACUGCAGUUGGCAUGCGUUUUACUUUUGUAAUUUUUUAAAAUGAGUUAAUAUAACUUUAUUUUAAGGCAAAUUCUACUUUUUGUAUGUGAUAUUCUGAUGUGAAAUACUUUUUAUUUUGCAGAAAAUAAUGUUUAAGCCACCAUGUACCUGUCAGCGUAACACGCCCUCUGUAUUGUUUAACACUGGAAUCUCGCCGUGAUGUGCGUGUCUCUUUACAUACUGCUUGUUGCACAUUAAAGAAGUCACUCAGCUGUGCUGCCA